AAAGCAUUGCGUCAGUGUUUGCGGAGCCCUCUGCAGAUUCACAAACAGCUACUGCACUUACAUUCAUCACGCUCGUCUUUGUUAGUUUACCGACUAUAAAUCUGCACUGAAUUGAUCGGAUCUAAAGCGACACUGCUGCGAUACAAGCAAAGAUUUAGUGACUUUUUAGACCCAUCAAGAUAACACAAUGCAGGAACAUCUGAUAUCCAGCAUUUUGUCUGAAGACUCCAAUCUUCCAUCCACCCCAACAUCUGAUGCUUCAUCCAAGCGUUUGUCCUGGAGCAGACUGCUUCAGAAGCUCCACAGCGUGGACUCAGAUUCAGACAAUCAAAGCAGCAGUACAGAUGACCAGUCUGAUACAGGUUCCAUAUCCUUGCCCGAUCUGUCAGAAAGCGAGAUGUUUUUUGACCCGAGCGAGGAGGCUCUCUGUAAAGAUGUGGUCCAGCUCAUCUCCGAUAACCUCACUGAAGCUAAAGACGACGUAUUGCACUGCUCCAAACUUCUCAUUCCUGAGAAACUUCUGGAGCACAUUGGCCAGGAGCUGGUCCAUCUGUCUGUCAGCGAGCCCUGCGGCCUGCGGGGGGCGCUCGUCGACCUCUGCGUGGAGCAGAGGGACAACUGUGAGGCCGUGGGGCAGAUAGCGGUGGACCCUUACCUGGUGCCUACCUUUCAUCUGACUCUGGUGCUCAGGCUGGACUCUAAAGGUCUCUGGCCUAAAAUCCAGGGGCUUUUCACGGGCAGAUCUCCAGCCUCGCCUGCGCUCAGACAUGCACUUAAACUCAGCACUGGAUUUCGAGUUAUUAAAAGAAAACUGUACAGCUCUGAAGAACUUCUUAUUGAAGAAUGUUGAGAGCCUGACUAUGUGAACCUCCUAGUGUUUUUUUUU